CGUCUAUACACUGCAGGAUGUCUUUUUACGACAAUCGCUACUAUCACUUGAACAAAGUAACCCAGCGCAUUAUCGGCCAAUGGCCGUUUCAAUCGCGACUAGAGGGCAACGUAAUGUUCUCCAUUAUGGUGUUGUCUGUUUCCAUUUUGAUAGCCUUGCAGUUUUGGGGCUUGGUAGCCGGGAUAAAGGAUUUGAACAUCAUCAUGGAGAAUAUUCCGCCGUUACUAAUCAAUAAUUUCGUCAUUAUAAAGUUAACGAAUUCUUGGUGUAAUAAAUAUAAAAUGAAAGAUUUGUUGAGGCGUAUUGAAAAGACUUGGAAAAUCAUGCACCUGGGACCUGAGAAUAAAAUAUUAAGGUUUUAUGCAGAAGAGAGCAGAAACUUCACAGUACGAUACAUGAUUUGUCUUUACUCGAUAUGGCUCAUCUGUUGCGUAAUGCCGAUCGUCGUUAACCGAAUCCAUUUAAUCUUACCGUCGAACAAAACUUAUUCGGCUAGAUUUCUGUAUCGUGUGGAACACAUUCUCGACAUGGACAAAUAUUACAACCUGUUAAUACUUAACGGGUUUAUCAGCAUAUUUUGCGUAGUCUCUGUAGUGAUAGCUGUCGACUGCUUGUUCGUUCUUUGCACUCUGCAUGUCUGUGCAUUGUUCAAGUGCAUAAAAUACAACGUAGAGCGUAUACAAGGUUCGGAUUUUGUGAUACUCAACCCGAAUAUCGCGGACGACGAAGCAUAUCGUGACGUAAUCAAUUGCGUCAAAUUGUAUAAACAUGCGUUAAAAUUUUCCGAUCUGCUCUCAUCUGCAUACGCAACAUGUUUCCUGUUUACGCUAGGAAACGUAGUUGUGAAUUUAAGCUUUGAAGCGGCUAAGUUGAUAAUAAUGGAGAGUCAUUUGGACGAAAUGAUCAGAGUUCUCGCUGUUAAUCUAGGGCAAUUGUUACACAUAUACAAUUUGAGUAUGACGUCUCAACGACUGAUCGAUCACAGUAGCGAACUUCAAGAAGUAAUUUACAGCUGCGAUUGGUACAGGAUUUCCCUGAGAUCCAGGCAUCUCCUGAAAUUCACAUUAUUGCGUACUACUAAACCGUGCCAAAUAGAAGCUGGUAAAAUGUUCAUAAUGUCGAUGGAGAACCUUAGCUCGAUUUUGAAAGUAUCCGUAUCGUACUUCACGAUGAUUACAUCAAUACAAUAAAAAUUGUAAUUAUAGAUUUAUAAUAGAAAUAUGUGAACU